AUGACGGCAUUACAAGUUCCACAACCUGACAAGGAGCGACCGAGCAAAGAUGUCGCUUGGUACAACCCCGAUGUCGAGAGUAACAUCAGGCCUGAGAUGCGAGACCUGCUAUUGAAUUAUAGUAAAAUCCCUGCAGAAGAUUUAGUCGGCCAUAUAACCAAGGUGCGCGAUGCUGCGUGGGAUAUCUGCCCGUAUCCUACCGUUGGCUUGCUCCUCUUCCUCGACUUCGGCAUCAAAUGCACAGACCUGCCUGAACCACGCGCUCAGCUUCACACCUCCAUCCUGCACACUCUGAUGCAAGGCGGGAAGCUUCUUGAUGUCGGAUGCAUGUUUGGGCAGGACUUGCGUAAAAUGGUCUACGAAGGGGCGCCUGUGUCAAGCGUCUACGGGACCGAUUUGCGGGGCGAUUAUUUCCCGCUGGGUUAUGCGCUCUUUAAAGAUGAGACCAUCAUCCCCCAGGACCACUUCAUCGCAGCAGAUAUCAUGGACCAAGCCAGCCCGUUAUGCCGUUUCGAUGGCGACCUGGACGUUAUCUCGACCAAAGAUGUUUUUCAUUGCUUCGACUACGCGACCCAGAUCGAGCUCGCGAUGCGCUUCGUUGCGCUUCUGAAACCGCGGCCAGGCUCCCGGGCCGUAGGUCAGCAUGUUGGACACAUAAGCGCUGGCGUUUACCCCACAGCUUUCAAAGACGCAGGUUUGGCGAAUAUGUUCCUUCAUAAUGAUGAGAGCUUUACGAGAAUGUGGGAAGAAGUGGGGAAGAAGACGGGAAGUCGGUGGCGAGUGGAGAGCCGGAUGUGGAAGAUCAAACCGCAUUGGGAGCCAGUGCAAGUCCCGGGACAGCCGCGAGGACCAGAUAAUCGAACAUUAUUGUUUGCGGUAGAGAGGCUGUAA